AUGAGAAAGCAUUCUUCUCCUCCAUCUCCUUCUUUUCCCUCUUCUUCUUCUUCUUCUUCUUCUUCUUUCACUCAAUCAUGGACAUACGAUGUGUUUUUGAGUUAUAGAGGUGAAGAUACACGCAAAACUUUUAUCGACCACUUAUACACCGCUUUGGACCGUCAAGGAAUACACACUUUCAUUGACGAUGAGCUUCCAAGAGGAGAAGAAAUAUCACCUGCACUUCUGAACGCAAUCGAAGAGUCAAAGAUUUCUAUGAUUGUAUUUUCAGAAAACUAUGCAUCUUCAAGUUGGUGCUUGGAUGAACUUGUUAAGAUCCUUGAAUAUAAAAAAUCAAAGCAACAACUCGUUAUGCCAAUUUUCUACAAGGUGGAUCCCUCAGAUGUACGAAAUCAAAGAAGUAGUUUUGGUGAUGCACUUGUUGACCAUGAACGCAAAUUCAAAGAUGACAUGGAGAAAGUACUCGAAUGGAGAAGAGCUCUUACGGAAGCAGCAAAUUUGUCUGGGUUGCAUUUCAAGGAGGGCGGGUAUGAAGCUAAAUUUAUCAAUAAAGUCGUUGAGGAGAUUUCAGUUCAAGUACUCAACAACACAUAUUUGGAUGGGCCAGCAUACCCAGUUGGAAUAAUGCCUUGUGUAACAGAUGUCAAUAAGCUUUUAAGUGUUGAUGGAAACGGUCAUUGCAUGGUUGGUAUAUGGGGGAGUCCUGGAAUAGGCAAGACAACAAUUGCGAAAGCUGUUUAUAAUUCAAUUGCCAACAAGUUCGAAGGUAGCUGUUUCCUGGCCGAUGUUAGAGAAAAAUCAAUGUACGGAGGACUAAUCAAAUUACAAGAGGCUCUUCUUUGUCAAGUCCUAGGAAGCAUAAACUUCCAAUUGUUCAGUCUUGAUAAAGGAAUCAAUGUUAUCAAGAACCGGCUGAGCCGUAAGAGGAUUCUCUUAAUUCUUGACGAUGUGAAUCAGUUGGAUCAGUUAGAAAAGUUAGCUGGAACUGGUUGGUUUGGUGAGGGAAGUAGAGUUAUUGUAACAACAAGAGAUAGGGGAUUGCUAGCUCGUCAUGGAAUUGAGUUAAUAUAUGAGGUCAAAAAAUUAGCUCAUCGAGAUGCACUUGAGCUUUUCAGUAUGAUUUCCUUCCAAAGAAAGGAGCCUCAAGGUGAUUAUUUGGCACUUGCAAGGCGUGCAAUAGCCUAUGCUCAACACCUUCCAUUAGCUCUGACAAUUCUAGGUUCACAUCUACGUAAUCAAAAAUUAGAGUAUUGGCAUGCUACAUUAGGAAGUUAUGAAGCUGAUCCUUACUUAGAUAUUCAGAAAAUACUUAGAACGAGUUAUGAUGGAUUGAAUUAUCAUGUGCAACAAGUUUUUCUGGACAUUGCAUGUUUUUUCAAGGGUGAAGAUGUGGACUAUGUGAUACAAGUACUUAAAGGCCCUAAGCUUAACUUUCCUGAGAAUUGUAUUCGGGUGCUCGUAGAGAAUGCCAUCAUAACUAUUGAAUGCAAUAUGAUUUUGAUGCACGAUUUACUUGAACAAAUGGGUAAGGAUAUUGUUCAUGAAGAAUCUCCCAAUGAGCCGGGAAAACGUAGCAGAUUGUGGUUUCAUGAGGAUGUGCGCGAGGUUCUAACUGACAAUUCUGGGACAAAUACACUUAAAGGCAUCAUAGUAAAUUUGCCUAAACCCGAUGAGAUACCUUUGAAUGCAAAAUGCUUCUCAGCCAUGAAGAACCUUGAAUUUUUUAUAAACCAUAAUGCAAGCCUUUCUGGAGAUACCGUUGAUUAUUUCUCCAACAAGUUGAGAGUGAUUCAUUGGGGCAACUGUCAGUUGCAAUAUUUGCCAUCCAGUUUCCAACCAAAGGAUCUUGUCCUAUUCAGUAUGCCUUGCAGUCGUAUCAAACAACUUGGAGACGGGUGUAAGAAUCUGGCCAAGUUGAUGUGCCUAAAUUUAACGGACUGUAAAUUCCUAGCAAAAAUCCCUGACUUGUCUGCAAUGGAAAACUUAAAAUACUUGACCCUUAGUGGUUGUAAGAGUUUAAUUGAGGUCGAUUCUUCUAUAGGAUUUCUUGAUAAACUUGUUACAUUGGACCUCUCAAGAUGCUCCAACCUUAAUUUCCCAGAAAUUGUAGACAAGAUGGAUUCCCUUAGGGAAUUGGAAAUCCAAGAAAGUGGCAUAAGAGAAUUACCUUCAUCAAUUGCAUAUCUCAGUGGACUCGAAAGUUUAUGGGCAUAUGGUUGUGAAUCCCUUACAAAUAUAUCACCUAGUGUUUAUGAUCUUCAAAAUCUGAGUGAUAUUGAUCUCAGAGAGUGCCCAAAACUCGGCACAUUUCAAAACAUGAUAAACUCGGAAAUUUCAUCGUCAGCUGGAUCAAUGCCGCUUUCAGCUAACUCAAAUAUUUCACAAGACAAGUGUAAUCUCUCCAAAAGUGGUCCCUUCCUGAGUCUUAAUCUUUCGGGAAACAAUUUUGUUGCCCUUCCUGUGUGCAUAAGCAAAUUGGUCAAUUUGGAUAAAGUUUACUUGUUUGGUUGCAAGCUGCUUCGAGAAAUUCCAGAAGCGCUUCCAGAAAAACUGAACGACCUCAACCUAGCCGAUUGCAAAUCAUUGGAAAAAUUUUCAAAGCUGCCAAGUAUAUUCGAACAUAAUGAGUUACCGGAGCUUCAGGGUCUAGACUUGACUAAUUGCCAAAGACUAUGCGCGGACAAGGGUGAUUAUUACCUGGCAAAGCUGGAAAUUUUUUUCAAAAUCAGCAGGAAUCUCAAGCGCUCUCGUUUCGAAAUUGUACUUCCUGGCAAUGAAGUCCCGAAGUGGUUCAGUUGUUGUGUAGUGCAUGAACCUGUUUUAGAGUUCCCCUCUUCCCGGUUUAUUAAAAUUCCUCGGAACUUAGUGUGGGAGAAGGCAGGAUUGGUCGUGUGUGUUGUUUUCGAGUAUACCAAAAGGGAUGACAGAUUUACGGAGAGUGGGGAAUAUCGUUUGAUGUGCGAUGUGCACGUGAGGAUCAAUGGAAGACUUGUGGAAUCAUUUCCCCAUGGUCAUUAUUUGACAAUGACGGAGUCCACUCAUGUGUGGUUCACUUACACUCCGUGGAAUAUAUCCUGGGGACAGCCGGAUGGAGGGAGCUGCUGUGAAGUGACAUUCACAUUUGAUUGGGUUGGGAGGUCCAAAUGUGUCAAAUUCCUGAGUUGUGGGGUCCACCUACUAUACCCUCAGGAUGGUGAUGGUAAUGGUGAUGAUACUGAUGUGGAUGAUCAUGAACCCUCAGCUGUCAUGACGGUUGAUGAUGAUUGUGGUGAUGACAAUGAUAAUACCAACGUCAAUACUGAGCUUUCCUUGUCUUUUGGACGAACAAGUCCUCGAAAGAGGCCUCAUGGAGCAAUGACUACUACUAACGUCAACGUUGAUGAUCAAGAGCAACGGCAUUCUUUGCCUUUGGAUCAACCCGGGAAUAAUCUUCGGAAGCGGAGGCAUAUUGAUUUUGAUAUUGCAUCCACUUCACACCCCAACCUAUGA